AUGUUUCAUUCAAUACAGUUUAAUGUGAUUAAACAUCUUAGUUUUGCCAAUUUUUCGUUUUGUUUUUUUAAAGGUAAACCUAUUCAAUGUUGGAUUCCACAAGAGUUUACACGUGGUUGGGAAGAAUAUGCUGAGAAUUAUUGCUGGGUAUCUAAUACUUAUUUUGCUCCAUUACAGCAUAGUUUACCUCCAGCCCCGGAUAGAGAGAUGUUACUUAUUGGUUACUAUCAAUGGGCACCAAUUGUAAUGGCUAUACAAGCUAUGUUAUUUUAUUUACCGUGUCUUAUAUGGCGUUUAUUUAUGGCUCAGUCAGGUUUCAACGUUAGACGUAUUCUACAAAUGUCAUGUGAUUCUAAUGUUCUACUACCAGAGCAUACAAUGAAAAAUGUACGCUUUAUAGCUCGUUAUAUGGAAGGUUGUAUUUAUAGACAAAGAGAUUAUAGGAAAAGAAAAUUAUCAACAGUUUUAGGAUUUUCUCCUACAAGUUACACUGGUCUUGGACAAUCACCUCAUAUACAUGUUCAUCAACACUAUUCACCCUCUUAUCCUCCUCAUCUUCAUCAACAACAACAACCACAUUCACAUCUGCACCAUCCCCCUCCACCACCACCACCUCAUUCACAUACCCAAUCACCACCAUAUAUGCCUACAAGUCAUUUUCAUCAGCAAUUAACAACAGUUAAUUCAAGACAAUCACCUAUAGGUGGUGAUGAAAAUCGUUACAACAAUGAUCAUCAAAUAGAAUCCACAUUAAUUACAUCACCACGUCGUGAUUCUAAUACAUCAUUAUUCGAUAAAAUUAGACAUAGUUUCUCUAUAGAUGAUAAUAAUAAAAAAAGUAAAAAACGAUUACCAUCUGUUACAGAAGAAGCUAAUACAUUAGUUACAACAAUGGAAACAUUAAAUUCUAGAAAUAGUGGUGAUUAUCAUCCAAUGAUUGGACGUUUAAAAAUUGAUGAUAGUCAUACUCAACAAAAUAUAACAACAAAUGUGAAUACAACAAAUUCAUAUCGUUCUAUUCAUACAUUAUCACCUACAUUAUAUAAAUCACAAGAAAAAUCAUCAUUAAAUUUACAUAAGAAACAACAUUUACAUUAUUGUUGUACAUGUUUUUGUGGUAAACGUCAGGGAAAUUUUUUAGUUCUCUUAUAUUUUUUCACUAAAUUCUUAUAUUUAACAAACAUUAUUGGACAAUUAUUUAUGAUGGAAAAAUUUGUUGGUAAUGAUAGUACAUUUUAUGGAUUUCGUGUAUUAUAUGAUUUAUUAAAAGGACGUGAAUGGUUUCAUUCGGGUAAUUUUCCACGUGUAACAUUUUGUGAUUUUGAAGCGAAAAAACUUGGAAAAAAUCAUAAAUAUACUCUACAAUGUGUCCUUCCAUUGAAUAUGUUCCUAGAGAAAAUCUACAUAUUUCUAUGGUUUUGGCAUUGUUUAGUUGGUAUAAUUACAUUGAGUAGUUUUAUUAUUUGGUUCUAUCGUAUGGGAUCAUCAAAAUGUCGUAUCAAAUUCAUUCGAAAAUAUUUAAAAAUUAUGUCAGUUAUGCGUGAUACAGAUAAAGCGGCAACUAGUAAAUUUGUUGAAAAUUAUUUACGUCCAGAUGGUGUUUUUUUAAUACGUUUAAUAUCAAUAAAUGUUGGUGAUUUAAUGGCUGGUGAUUUAACUUGUGAAUUAUGGCAUAUUUAUCGACAUAAACGUUUACAUGAAACUAUGGAAGAACAAAAAUAUCUUGAUGCAUUUAGUAAUACACCAGGCGAUUAUUUGAUCAAUAACAAUAAUAAUAACAAUAACAAUAAUAAUGGUUCCAGUUAUAUUGGUGAAACAAAUGAUUUAAUAUUAGGCACAACUAUACCAUCUUCAAGAUAUUCAAAUAAAAAUCAUUCACCAACUGCACCACCUAGUCAAAAUGCAAUCAUUAGUACAACUUCAAAUGUUACAGUAUCUGGAACAAAUAUCAAUAAUACAAUGAAUCAUAGUUCUAGUAAUAAUGAUGAUAGUAUUGUUUAA